AUGCGCUGUCUAGGCUUGUUGGAAAAGCUCUUUGCCAAGUCGAAACGAUCGGUGUCAAUGCUUCUCAUCCGCGACUACGCCAGUGGGAAAAUCAUCCUGGACAGAGAUCUUACCGGCUGCGAGAAACUCUACGGGGCGCCAUGGUUAUUACUCCAUCGCGCGGACUACAUGGACGUUUUACUUGACGAAGCCGGCCGAUUGGGGGUCCAGAUCAAACUGGGAUGCGAGGUACAGCAUGUCGAAUGCCAUGUCCCGCGAGUUGAACUGGUCGACGGAACAAUCUACCACGCACACGUUGUAGUCGGCUGCGACGGCAUCCACUCCACGGUGCGCGGCUUCAUCCAUCCCUCCGUCAAGGCCGCACGCACCGGAGGAUACGCGUACCGCGCCGUCCUCACCCGCUCGCAGCUCUGCUCCCCCUCGCUCCGUGAGUUGGUGUCGUCCCGCGGGACGAUCCAGUGCUGGCUGGGCCCCGGCGCCAACGCAGUCUUGUACCCCCUGCAGGACGGGAAGCUAUUCAACCUCGUCAUCCCCGUCGCCGACGCCGCAUUCAACCGCUCGUACGACCAGGACCGCUCGCUCUCCUCCAUGCUCGACCACCUCUGCGGGUGGGAUCCCGUCUUGACGCAGGUACUAAAGAGCGCUCCGGGGCUGGCCCGCUUCCCCAUGUACGAGGUAGCCCGCCUGCCGCACUGGUCCCAGGGGUCCGUGACUCUCGUCGGCGACGCAGCCCACCCCAUGUUGCCCCAUCUCGCCCAGGGGGCGGCCGUGAGCGUGGAGGACGGCUACAUUGUGGGGACGCUGCUGGGCCGCCUGUCCCAGCACAUUGCCGACGCUUCUGCGCCGUCGAGCGUCAGGGCCCGAGUCUCGACGGUGUUUGCGUCGUACGAGGCUUCGCAGUACGAGCGGGCGGCCCGCGUCGUCUCGAGCUCCCGGCUGAUGGGGACACUGGACCACCUGGCCCCAGGGCCGCACCAGCGAGCCAGAGACGCCGAGUUCGCCUCGUACGACGCCGAAGAGACCGUCAGCGCCAUUCCAUCCAUUGACGCGAGGUUCAACAAGGAGCUGCUGGGGAGGAAGGUCGACCAAGUUGUCGAGGGACAAGUUUCCGCCUUGAUGGCGAACGGCAAGCUUGGGUGCCGCGUAAACGCCGAUGCAAGCUGUUGGGAAUCCCAGAGGCCAGCCUCGCAAAGCGGCGCUUCGUCUCGAUCUUGA